AUGCAAGUUGCUUGUAGAACUAAAAAUGUGAAUAAAUAUUAUAAAGUGAUUGCUGAAGUAGGCUCAGGAACAUAUGGAAAAGUAUAUAAAGCAAAAUGUAUAAAAACAAAAGAUUUUGUUGCAUUAAAAAAAAUUGAUACAAAAGAUCAAAAAAUAAUGUCUGAGGGUAAUUGUAGAUUAUGAAAGAAUUAAUAGGAUUUCCAAUAACAGCAAUAAGAGAAAUAAAAUUGUUAAAGAUUAUGAAUCAUAAAAAUAUUCUUCGAUUAAGAGAGAUAAUAGUGAGUAAAGCAUCUCAUAGAAAUAAUUUUAGAGGUUCAACAUUUUUAGUUUUUGAUUAUUAUGAUCAUGAUUUUGCAGGACUUCAUAGAUAAAGAAAUAUAUUCACAUUACCAUAAUUAAAAUGCAUUUUUAAAUAACUUUUAGAGGGUGUUAAAUAUCUCCAUGAUAGUAAGAUUAUCCAUCGAGAUUUAAAAUGUGCUAAUAUUUUAAUGAAUAACAAAGGUUAAGUAACAUUAGCUGACUUUGGUUUAGCUAGAACAUUAUCAAAUGUGAGUAAUCCUAAAUAUACGUACAAAGUAGUAACACUUUGGUACAGAGCACCAGAACUAUUAUUAGGAUAAACUAACUAUAAUACUUAAAUUGAUAUGUGGAGUCUUGGUUGUAUAUUCACUGAAUUAAUAACAGGAGAUGUUCUAUUUAAAGGAGAUAUUGAAUAUCGCUAAAUGGAAAAGAUUUAUGAGCUGUGUGGAAGUGCUAAUGAAUAGAAUUGGCCUAAUUGUAUAAACUUAAGAUAAUGGGAAGAAUUCAAGCCUAGAAGAAAUUACGAAACAUAAUUAAUUAAACAUAUAAAAGAACUUUGUUAAACAUAAAAUAAAUAAAUUGAUUAAAUCACCUUGGAUUUAAUUGAAUAAUUAUUAAUACUCGACCCUAAUAAACGAUUAAAUGCAGCCUAAGCUUUAAAUCAUGAAUUCUUUAAAUAAGAUCCUAAACCUUGUUAACCUAAUGAGAUGCCAUAAUUCGAUAAAGAAUUUCAUGAAACUCUCUUGAAAAAUGAAAUCAGAUAAUAAUAGCAUAGAAAUGAUAAAGCUUAAUUUAGACCUCAAUAAAUUUCUUCUCAAAAAUUUCAAAAAUUGAUAAAAGAUGAAAGGAACUUAAUCAAACCUCAAGUUUAAUAAUAGUCUCCUUCAAAAGAUAUAAAAAAUAAUAUAGAAUUAGAUUAUGGUGAAUUAUUAAAAUUCGAAAUUUAAGACAAGGAAAGAAUAAAAAAUAAUAUAGAAUUUGAUAAUCGUGAAUUAUUAAAAUUCGAAAUUUAAGACAAGGAAAAAAUAAAAAAUAAUAUAGAAUUAGAUUAUGGUGAAUUAUUAAAAUUCGAAAUUUAAGACAAGAAAAGAAUUAAAUUAAAUUGA